AGCUCGUCAGAACGCAGGACGGAGAGCGAGAGAACAGAGACCGCAGGGAGCCGGGGCAAGCGAUAGCCCAGGGGUACAGAUCCAGGGCAGAGGGGUGCAUGCGCCGUCAGAGAGAGAGGAGGCAGAGACACCACAGAGAGACAGUCAGAUGGACCCCGAAAAGUCUGGGAGUGCUGGAGGGAAGCGGGACGAGACCCUUCCGAGACAGCCAGGAACUCAGGGGGAAACCAGCAAGACAGCUGUAAAGCCGGAGACAGCUCAGAAAGAGGAGACACUUAAAGAGACAGAUACAAAAGAGACAGCUCAGGAGAAGAUGCACCAAAAGACAACUCAGCGAAAAGAGACAGACAACGAAAAGGAGAAACCGAAAAAGACAGCCCAAGGGAAAACAUACGGAGGCGAGGAGUCGGCACAUCAUAGACAGCAAGUACCAGAAGAGAGCGCCCAUGAGCAGAAAGAGACAUCUGUCAAUGAGGACAAACACAAGCAGGCAGCUCUAAAGGAGAAGCAGGUACAAAAAGAGACCGUUCAGGAAGAUAAAAAGACAGGGGAGAAAAAGACAGCUCAGGGGACCCAGAAAGAGACAGCUCAUGAGAAGGAGACCCCAAAGGUGACAGCUCAGGGGACCCAGAAAGAGACAGCUCAGGAGAAGGAGACCCACAAGGUGAAAGCUCAGGAGACACAGAAAGAGACAGCCCAGAAGAAGGAGACCCAGAAAGAGACAUCUCAGAAGAAGGAGACCCCAAAGGUGACAGCUCAGGAGACACAGAAAGAGACAGCUCAGAAGAAGGAGACCCCAAAAGUGACAGCUCAGGAGACACAGAAAGAGACAGGUCAGAAGAAGGAGACCCCAAAAGUGACAGCUCACAAGAAGGAGACCCCAAAAGUUACAGCUCAGGAGACACAGAAAGAGACAGCUCAGAAGAAGGAGACCCCAAAAGUGACAGCUCAGGAGACACAGAAAGAGACAGCUCAGAAGAAGGAGACCCCAAAAGUGACAGCCCAGCAGAAGGAGAUUCCAAAGGUGACAGCUCAGGAGACAGAAAUCCCCAAAGUGACAGCCCAGCAGAAGAAAACCCCAGAAGUGACAGCUCAAGAGAAACAAACCCCAGAAGUGACAGCUCAGGAGAAGCCGAGUGUAUUAGACGGCCCCAGCCAGCUUCAGUUUCUCCAGGACUGGCCGGAGCCCGAGACAGCCCAGGGGUGGCUGGACCUGUGUGACAGAGAAUGGGGUCUCACAAAAAGGGACAUCCAGCUGCCCGAGAGCGCUGACUGGAGAGACAUCUAUAAGAAAAGACCCUUCGGGAGGAACUUCCUCAAGAGCCCAAAUCCUGAAGGUUUAUCCACAUCGCAGCCGCCGCCACGGGAGGAAUGUGACCCCCCCCCUCAGAAGAAGCCCCUGGAGACAUUGGGUGAUUUCCGUGGCUGGCAGAUCAGUACCGAGGAGAUUCCCGUGGACAGAAGCAAAGUGCCCGAAGGGGUCGUUGUCUGUUAUUUGCCCGUUUACAGCUGGUGUGUGAAGGAGCAGGUGGUGGAUUUGGUGGCUGAAGGACUCUGGGAAGAUCUCCUCGACUCGUACCAGCCGGACAUCUACGUACUGGACUGGUAUGAGGACAGUAAGCUGCACAGACACGUGUACGAGCUCCACGUCACGCUACUGGCUGCCGACAAGACGACCGUCAUCUCUCGAUAUGACGUCACCCCUGAGAAUGACAUGAGUGGGGACCUCAAGGGCUGGAACUUGGUGUCUCACGUGUUUAAGUCGUACGGGCCGGGGGUUCGUUUCAUCCGCUUCCUGCACAAAAGCAAAGACCUGAGUGUGCUGGGAUUCCACCGGACGCGGCUCGCGGACAGCACCGUCUUCGCUCAGCUCCGGGGGGACGUCUGAUCCACCCCCGGACGUCUCGCAGAGACCCACCCGACGGGCACUGCAGCACCGAGCCACGGCCGCACUCACCAGCGACACUCACACUCGUGUCAUUCCAAUAAAAUGCAAUAAAUCUAUUUAUAUCUCCAA